AUGGUCGAAGAAACUGUUUUGAGAGAAGAGGUUCCAAAGUUCGAGGGACUAUUCAAAGCUCUUCGCCUUUAUCGAAAUAACCAGAUAAAAGCUUGUGAAGAGGAGUGCACUAAACUACUGGAGAAGAAUCCGCUGGAUCAGGCUGUUUGGGCCCUCAAACUGACUUGUCUCACUGAUCCUGUGUAUGUAGACGAACUCGAAAAUGAUGAACUUGGGAUCGCAGAGACGUUUUUGGACCAGAAUAUUAUCGCUCCCAAUGCUCGCCCAGGAACGCCAACAUCCACUGCUGGAAGACCUCUGUCCGGAGUAAUUCGUCCGUUGACUUCACUGCGUCCCGGCACUAUGGAGCAAGCGGUACGAACCAGCCGCACCGCAAGGACGGCUAGAGCUGUUAGCAGCGGAUCGGCCAGGCAGUUGCGAUUGGGAACGGCAUCUAUGGCUGCAAGUGCUGAUGGACCAUUCGUGAAUCUGGCUCGUCUUAAUGUCGACAAGUACGCAGCCGAUCCACAUGUGAACAGACAACUUUUUGAGUACGUAUUCUAUCACGAAACUGACAUCAAGACUGCCCAUCAGAUUGCUGCGGUUGCAACAAAAACAGCUAACUACGAAGACUGGUAUUGGAAAAAUCAGCUGGGAAAAUGCUACUUGAGGUUGGGGCUACUACAGGAUGCAGAGAAGCAGUUUCUUUCUUCAUUGAGGAGCCAUCGCCUGGUUGAAACACAUGCCUACCUUGCAAAGGUGUACAAUCGUCUUGACCAACCCCUAGUGGCAAACAAGUACUAUGAACAAGGUCUAGCGCUUUAUCAUGACGACGUCACACUCUUGACUGGUUUGGCAAGGAACAAAGAGCUCCUCGGUGAAAUGACCGAGUCAAAUGAGUGCUACAAGAAAAUCCUCAACAUUCAAGCUAACAAUAUUGAAGCGAUUGCUUGCAUUGCCACUAAUUGUUUCUAUGAUGACAAGCCGGAAAUUGCCCUUCGUUACUACAGGAGAAUCAUGCAAAUGGGUGUAAACAACGCAGAACUUAUGAUGAACAUCGGUCUAUGCUGUUUUGCUUGCCAACAGUUCGAUUUCGCGUUGUCUUCCAUGCAGAGGGCCCACUCCACAGCUAGUGAAGAAACUGCUGGUGAGAUCUGGUACAACACUGGACAUAUUAUGCUGGCGAUCGGUGACAGAAAGCAGGCGAGUAGGUGCUUUAGACUGGCACUAGCAGCCGACUCCGAACAUGGAGAAGCCAUGGUGAAUUUGGGAAUUUUACGCCAAAUGGAAGGUAAACUCGAUCAAGCUCGCUCGCUGUACCACUCUGCUAUCGCCAAGUCACCACAUCUUUUUGAGCCGCAUUUCAACCUUGCCUUGCUAUGUACGCAGGCUGCUAGCUUGCUAGUGCGACAAGCUGACCGAGGACAACGCCCCCGUCGCGUCAUACUGCUAAUGUCUACUAUGUGUUCUUCAGAAGCUAGGGCGUACCUCAGAAGUGACGCGCAUUGUCCUCGCCCGGGCAAUGUGGCAAAUAUGCGAGGGCUACCGGCUAGAGGACGGAGCCGGCCAAAGAAGUUAGUCCGCCAUCGCCAUCAAUAUCCAGUGCGCUUGGCAACACUUAACGUUGGGACGCGUACUGGAAAAAGUCGUGAACUGGCAGACAGUCUCAGAACACGCCGUGUUGACAUAUGUUGUGUACAGGAGACUCGCUGGAAAGGCUCCAAGUCAGGGAAAUUAGGCGAUGACUAUAAGCUCAUCUACCACGGCACAUCAAAUCGCAAUGGUGUUGGUAUCAUAUUGAACGAGUCGUUUAGAAACAGCGUCACAGCAGUGGAUCGACUAUCGGAUCGCCUGAAGGCUGUAAAAGUAGAAACAGGAGAAGUGGAAUUGCGAGUUGUCUCUGCUUAUGCGCCACAGGCGGGCUGUAGUGAAGAAGAGAAGGCAAGCUUUUGGGAGGAUCUGGAGCAGUACGUCCAAUCCCUGGAAGGCGAAGAAGUACUUUUAAUCGGAGGAGACUUCAACGGACAUGUCGGUCCUCGGAAAGACGGAUUCGAGAGUUGUCAUGGUGGAUACGGCUAUGGAGCUCGUAACGACGACGGGUUGCGAAUCCUGGAGUAUGCUGUUGCAAGUGACUUGAUCAUUGCUAACACGCAGUAUCGGAAAAGAAAAUCGCAUUUGAUCACGUACACCAGCGGCAGUCACCAUGUCGCUGCCCAACACCAUCUGCUCGUUAUGGACUUGAAGAUCUCCAGUCCAAGGAAGAGACAUCCAAGGACUGAAACAGAGCGCAUCAAAUGGUGGAAUCUGAAGGAUCGAAAGGAGGCGGCAAUUUGUGAGAAGAAGUCCAAGUAUAAGCUCUGGUGGAGAACGCGUCAGCUUGAAGACCGGGGUGCUUACCUAGCGGCGAAGAGGGAGGCUAAGAAGGCAGUCUCCAAGGCGAAGUCGGACCGUUACAAGGCAGUUCAUCGCUCAACGUUGGAUGUGGAACACACGAAGAUCGUUAAGGGAGCUGAUGGAGCCGUUCUGCGCCGCCCUGGUCAGAUGCUGGAGAGGUGGCGAGAGUACUACAAUCACUUGUAUAACGAAGAGUUCUGUCAUCCUCCCAUCCCAACUGUUCCCAGCGUCGAGGGUCCUGUUCUACCAAUUACUGCCGUCGAAGUCAGUGCUGCCCUCGCAAAAAUGAAGUCGAACAAGGCAACUGGUCCUGAUGACAUAACUGCUGAUGUCUGGAAGCUGCUAGGAGAUCGAGGAUCCGUGUGGCUCGCAACUCUAUUUAACAAGAUCGUUGCAGAAGGACGGACUCCAGACGUUUGGCAAACUUCCGUGACCGUGCCUGUCUGGAAAGGGAAAGGAGACAUUGCUGACUGCACCUCGUACAGACCUAUACGACUGCUGUGCCAUACGAUGAAGGUUUUUGAGCGUGUGCUGGAAGCUCGUCUGAGGAAAAUUGUUAGCGUUUCACUCAACCAGUGCGGCUUUGUGAAGGACCGCAGCACUAUAGAUGCUAUCCAUGCUGUCCGAAACCUGCUGGAGAAACAUCAAGAGAAAAACCGCAGUGUGCAUCUUGCUUUUCUCGAUCUCGAGAAAGCGCUCGACCGUGUCCCACAUGAGCUGUUGUGGAUGUCUACGAGGUCGCAUAGAGUACCAGAAGAAUAUGUGCGGUGGACGAAGCUGCUUUAUACGAAGUUGUACGAUGUGCUGCUUGAACAAGCAGGCCAUUCCCUGUACAAGUAG